AUAAAAUAAAAAAAUUUUUUUUUUUAAUAAAAAAGUCAAAAACAUUAGAGUAGAGAACAAGGCCAGGUGGGCGAGACCGCAAGAGAGAUGUAAAGUUGAUGGUGAGGAGUGAUCUGCAACAACUUUGAGAAAUCUGAUGGAGGUGCAAUGGUCCUUUUGGGUCACUGAUCUGACACUGAGGAUGGCCAACAAGGUGCGAUGCUGCUGUUUGGAUGAUCUGGCAGUGAGAAAGCCAAGGAUGGCUGGUAGCGCAACACAGAGAGAGUGUGUGAGAGAACUGGGGAGCUGUUUGAGAGUGUGAAAGAGAGGGAAGUUUGUUUUGAAAAGUUUUGUUCUACAGAUUGAUGAUUGUUAUCAUGGUAGACUGGUAGGGAAGAAAAUCAUUGAUUUUUUAGUUAUUUAUUUUUUUAAUUGUCAGCUGUGUUGAGAGUGGGCUGCAACCAUGUCGAGCCCGUGUCCCAAUUAAAAAAUAAUUUUUUUGGUCGGACACUCCACAGGCGGGCAUGUAAGCAGCCAUGUCUGACACACACACACAACCAUUUUCGUUGCGUCCAUGCGUCCUAGUAUAAAAUAACCAGUAAAAUUUUAUCAGUCUGAUUGAGCCAAAUACUUUGAAUUCGAGUUGGUAUUAUGGUUGUUGAGGCAUUGCUCUCUUUGUUAUGUUCAUCCUGAGUGUUUCAGUGUUUGGAUUGUGCUUCAUGUUUGGCCUAUCUAUUGUCCUACUGCAGAUUUUAUUUUCAGAAGCAAGAGUAUUGGGUCUUGGGCCAAGAUUCAUGUCCAUUUAUAUUCAAAAGCUAGCUAUUGAGCGCCGGAUAUAUUAUGAUGAAGUAGAAGGCUUGACUGUGGAAUGGCUGGAGACUACUUCCACAUUGGUGCUUAGUUUAGCUAACAAACGCUCUUCUAGGAGAGGUGGCCCUGGUAAAUGGAGGGCACUUGAAGACAUUGAAUUUGUUGUAAGUCCAUGUGAUGUGAAAAUUGAACUGGGGGUGUUUGGAGGGAGUUCUAGUGAACAGGUAGGUGAUACUGGUGUUGCUGCUCAGGCUUCAGAGCCCAUUUGCAAAUCUGUCAUUUCAAAUACUGAAGUUGAUCCUGGAGUUUCCCCCUCACAGUGCAUCUCCUUUCAACCAUUCCUGUAGUACUUCAUGCAGUAGGUGGGGAUGAUGGUCCCCUUGAUAUUGGGGCAAGGCUUUACCUGAGCUCAUAUCUAAGGUAACUUGGGUGUUUGGUAGUGUCAAACUACUGCAACUGAAGGAGACUCUGUGGAGAUGAAGAUAACAGAGCUUUGUAUGGAAUGGGCAAGCUCUGUUGUAGAUAUGAAUUAGUGUAUAGUUCACAAGAGUUUUAGAAGAGAGAAAAAUUUGUGGUUUAAGUCUGGUGAUGCUUUAUGAAUCUAUGAUGCUAAAAUGGUGGUGUAGCUGUAGAUAAUGGUGGAGGUUUUCGUUGUGGCUUUAACUUAAGUGGUUUUUCUGUUUUUUUAACAGAUGCAGCUUGCCGGAAUAGGCCCUUGUGUUUGUAGCCAGUUCCAUCCAAUAUUUUACUUGUUGAAAAUCUACCUUCAACUUGGGAUUUGAGCUUCGAAGCCAAAUUCAUGCUGUAUUUUUCUCCUUCUGACUGCAGCCCAAUAUAUUUUUUGAUUUUGGGUGGUCGGAUCUAGUAACUUCAAUUUGGUAUGUUAUUGCCUUUAUUGUAUUUUGAACUGUUAAAACUGGGUGACUGGCAGUAGCUCCCUGUCAGAAUAAUGUGUUGUCUUCUUUCCCUAGGUGAAAACUUGAACUGGAACUGUAAUCAUCUUUUGAAGUGCUGCUUGGCUUGUAUUUCAGCUCAAGCGUGCAGCAGCACAUAGAUCUCUUAUUAAUGGAUAUUUUUUGUUGGGUAUUAAUUUAACAGUUUCUUUGAAAUA